AUGCGCAAGGCGUUGAGCAACUACCCUUCCCGACCACGCCAACACACAGUCACCACUGGCUUCCCUGAGCAUCGGGGGUGGAACAAGACUGGAACUUUGGACCAACAUCGUUUGCGCAAAAUCCAGGAGGAUCCGCACCAGAUUGCUGUGCUGGCUAAAUUCAACAACACUUUCUUUUCCUAUCAUGAGAUAUACUGGACGAAGGAGGACCAUCUUGGUGCGUAUUACGAUGCUGGUGGCUGGGACAGGGGUCGCCAUUCGCUAGUCGGCGAUGAGCGUUUCCGGGGCCCGCACCGCACGAUUGCAUGGUGGUCCGUCUUGAUGCAUUACAUCUUCCUGGACGAUCCGUGGACGGAGUUUGUGACCGGAGAGCCCAAAUACGCAAAUCUCGCCUCCUUGACCUACGAUCACGCUACAGGCAUGAACCUGGCUAAGCUGGUUGAUCGGCCACAUAAGCGAGCACUCAUCCACAAUCGAUGUACGGCGAAGGACGUUGGAGAAGUCUUGUCCGAGGUCAAGGGCCACGUGGAGUUGCGCAAUGUUUCAUUCCGUUUCCCUUCUCGCCCAGAUAAGCCAGUUCUUCAAAAUCUGUCGCUUUCCUGUCCCGCCGGUCAACAAACUGCAAUUGUUGGCUUGUCUGGGAGUGGAAAAUCUACUGUCGCCGGCUUAGCAACACUAUUCUACGAUGCGACCGAAGGAACUGUCAUGUUGGACGGACAUGAUGUUAAAGACCUAAAUGUGCGCGCAUUGAGGAGCCAUAUCAGUCUUGUCCGACAAGAGCCUUGUCUUCUCGAUCGAUCAAUCUUCGAGAACAUUGCCUUAGGUCUGAUCAACUCACCUGUACACACUCAUCUUCAACCAAUUUUGACAGACCACGGUGAAAAGGCGCAAGAGGUGAUGAGCUUGGUGGAAGGUGCCGCAAAGCUGGCUGAUGCCAACGGGUUCAUUGAGAAACUUCAAGAAGGAUACGGUACUUUGGUUGGUUCUAGCGGGAACCUGAUCAGUGGUGGACAGAAGCAGCGUAUCUCUCUGGCCCGGGCCUUGGUGAAAGACCCCAGGAUUCUUAUCCUCAACGAAGCCACAGCAUCUCUGGACUCAGCGACAGAAAUGCGCAUCCAAAAAGCCUUGGAGACCAUGGCCGUGGGACGAACUGUUAUUACCAUUGCGCAUCGUCUGUCUACCAUCAAAAAUUCGGAUAAUAUUAUCGUCAUGAGACAAGGAAAGCUUGUUGAGCAAGGCCCUCAUACAGAGUUGAUGGUAGCCAAUGGUGCCUACGCAGAGCUGGUUCGUCUUCAGAACCUCAACGUUGAGAGUACUCAAGAGGAAAAAUCCACCCGGUCGGUGUCGCCUAUCAAUCAAAUAACAGAAAAGGUCGAAACAUGUCUUUCUGUGGCCGAUGGUAUCCGCGAUCAAGAUGAGACGGCCGAUACUUCUGCUACCCAAGACUCCAAAUCCGAAGAAAUAGGCGGUGUUGUCGAUACACAGAGGUCGUUUUCCUCAACAGCCAGUUCCCUUGGCUCUAUGUUCCGACCGUAUGCAUUUGUUCUGGUUCUCGCUGUAACCGGUGCCGUUGUCAUUGGAGGCACAUACUGUGCUUCGGCAGUGAUCUUUGGUAAUGUCGUGGGUAAGCUGAGUGGCUGCGAGGAACCUCAGAAUAUCCGCGAUGCUGGAGAGCUCUAUGGACUCAUGUUCUUUGUCCUCGCCAUCAUUGAAUUCUUUGCGAAUCUGGUCAGCUGGUCUCUCUUUGGUUGGAUGGCAGAAAAUGUGAUCUAUAAAGUGCGAGUUCUUUCACUGCGAUCCAUCCUCGAGCAGGAUCUCCAAUGGCAUGAAUCUAAUGACCGCAACCCAUUAUUGCUGCUUUCCUUGAUUACUAAGGACAGCAAUGCACUUGCAGGCCUGACGGGCUCUGUUGUGUGCACAAUUUUGUCUAUUCUCAUUAACCUAUUCGCUGCUAUCAUCAUGUCGCACAUUAUCGCGUGGCGCAUCGCCAUUGUCUGCCUUGCCGUGGUGCCUUUGCUGCUGGCUGCUGGAUGGAUGCGAGUUACUUCAUUGGCACAGUUUGAAGAGCGCCAUCUGGAGGCUUUUGCUCGUGCCUGGGCUAAUGUUCGGCUUGCCAUCGGGUACGGCCUCAGUAACUUCUUAUAUGGCCUGGCAUAUUGGUGGGGAGCGAAAAACAUCAUUGCAGGAUAUUACACUCAGACUCAGUUCUUCAUUGUCCUGCUGGCGCUGCUCGUUAGCUCACAGCUGUGGGGGCAGAUGUUUGCUUUGGCCCCUGAUGUCUCGCGCGCCUUCCACGCUAACCGCCGCUUGUUAAAUCUGUUAGACCUGGGAUCCACGAAGAAACUGUCAGCCCCUAUUCAAACUCUACCUAGCAAAUUUUCACAGUCUACGAGCGACGUUGAAUACACGGCAACCACCCGCGAGAAGGUUGAUGACACUCGCAAUGGCAUCAGCGUCUCCCUCAAACAUGUCCAUUUUGCGUAUCCGGCACGACCAGAUACUCGCGUGCUUCAUGGUUUAGAUUUGACCGUAAAACCGGGUCAGUUUGCUGCCUUGGUUGGACCAAGUGGUGCUGGAAAAUCCACUAUCAUUUCACUUAUCGAGCGCCUCUACUCCCCUGAAUCCGGCACCAUCCAUGUUGACGGCCGAGACGUUGCCUAUAGUGACAUCUCAUUUCGUGACUCCAUUGCUUACGCAAAGUUGGAAGAAGCAUGUCAAUUAGCCAAUAUCCACGACGUCAUCGUGCAGCUUCCAGACGGAUACGAUACACACUGCGGCCCAAAUGGUGAUCGUCUGUCCGGAGGCCAGAAGCAGCGACUAGCUAUUGCGCGGGCGCUGAUCCGAAAGCCGAAGCUGUUGCUCCUAGAUGAGUCAACCAGUGCUUUGGAUGCAGAGUCUGAGCGAUUGCUCCAGGAUGGAUUGGAAAAGGCGUCUAAAAACAUGACGGUGAUAGCAAUUGCGCAUCGUUUGUACACGAUCCGUAAGGCAGAUGUUAUUUUCUUGAUUGAGCAUGGGCGUUGUGUUGAGCAAGGCACUCACGCCCAGCUAAUUGAGCGCAGUGAGACUUACAGAGUCGACGCCCUGAACCAGACAGUGGAUGGAUAA